AUGAUCAGCUCGGUGUGUGUUUCGUCUUACCGAGGGCGCAAGUCGGGCAACAAACCUCCGUCUAAAUCAUGUCUGAAGGAGGAGAUGGCCAGAGGGGAAGACUCGGACAAAAUUAUCAUCAACGUGGGCGGCACUCGACAUGAAACCUACAAGAGCACCCUCAGGACCCUGCCGGGGACACGCCUGGCAUGGCUGGCAGACCCGGACACGCAGGUCAGCUCGGACUCGGACGCGGCGCCCCCGAGUGCCACCGAGUUCUUCUUCGACAGACACCCCGGCAUCUUCGCCUACGUGCUGAACUACUACCGAACCGGCAAGCUGCACUGCCCGGCGGACGUCUGCGGGCCGCUCUUCGAGGAGGAGCUGGCGUUUUGGGGGAUUGACGAGACCGACGUGGAGCCGUGCUGCUGGAUGACUUACCGUCAGCACCGGGACGCGGAGGAGGCCCUGGAUAUAUUUGAACCGCCUGACCCGGACGACACCGACGACGAUCGAGAGAUACCGAGGCGCUUCGGCAUUGAGGACUGUCCCGACAGGUCGAGGGGCUGCUGCGAAGUUUGGCAGCCGAAGGUGUGGGCCUUGUUUGACGACCCGUACUCGUCCAGAGCAGCCAGGGGGGUUGCUUUUGCCUCUCUCUUCUUCAUCCUGGUGUCCAUCACCACCUUCUGUCUGGAGACCCAUGAAGCCUUCAAUGAACUGCAGAACCGGACGGAGCUGGUUGUCGUGGGCAACGUCACACGCGAAGUGGAGAGAAGGGAGAUGGUGACCAAGCCCAUUCUCACCCUGGUGGAGGGCAUCUGCGUGGUGUGGUUCACAUUUGAAUUCUUGGUGCGUAUCGUCUGCUGCCCAGACAAGGUGGUCUUCAUCAAGAACACACUCAACAUCAUUGACUUUGUGGCCAUUCUGCCAUUCUACCUGGAGAUGGGCCUGAGCGGUCUGUCAUCCAAAGCUGCCAGUGACGUGCUGGGCUUCCUCCGCGUGGUGCGGUUUGUUCGGAUCCUCCGGAUCUUCAAGCUGACGCGGCACUUUGUAGGCCUGCGCGUGCUGGGCCACACGCUGAGGGCCAGCGUCAAUGAAUUCCUCCUCCUCAUCAUCUUCUUGGCGCUGGGUGUACUCAUCUUCGCCACCAUGAUAUACUACGCUGAGCGCAUCGGAGCCAAGCCCGAUGACCCCACGGGCUCCAACCACACACACUUCAAGAACAUCCCCAUCAGCUUCUGGUGGGCGGUGGUCACCAUGACGACGCUGGGCUACGGAGACAUGUACCCACAGACGUGGCUGGGCAUGAUGGUGGGGGCGCUGUGCGCGCUGGCCGGGGUGUUGACCAUCGCCAUGCCGGUCCCCGUCAUCGUCAAUAACUUUGGGAUGUACUACUCGCUGGCUAUGGCCAAACAGAAGCUGCCGAAAAAGAAGAAGAAGCACAACCCGAACCCAGACGCUCCGACUGACUCUGCCUCGUUUGGGAAGUCGGAAACGAACUCCCACAGAGACAGCACUCAGAGCGACACCUGUCCGCUGGCUGUAGAGGAGAGUGUCUGCAGGAACCGCUCAGACUCCAAACAGAACGGGGAUGCAAAUGUGGCCCUUUCAGAGGAGGAAGGCUGCAGCCUGACCCAGCCGCUGUCCCCCAGUGAAAAGUGGUCCCUGCGGUGCCCCAGAGGGCGAGACAAGACUAAGAAAGAGGCCACCUGCUUCCUCUUAACCUCUGGAGACCCCAACGUCCAUACUGAGAGCUGUAAGGACAUCCUCGCUGCCACUGGAAACUACGCUCAGCCGGAGGUCACCACUCUGACCUGAUGCUGAUUGGCUAUGAAAAGGAGAGAGAGCAUGAAUUGGCGGUGGAGUACGUGCUGUGCAGAGCUUCAGCUCUUGUCACUGCUUUCUUUUCCUUCCUGAGUGAACUGCAGACCGGAUUCUUUUUAUUCCAGACAAGAGUUUUGUUUUUGUCUUUGUCAGACAUCCAAAUCCCUGUGGUACAAAAUCAGUUACAAAGCACAUUUAUCAUAUUUACACUCAUUUACAUGUUACAAAGCAUUUUGCAUGUGUUGCAUGAUCUAGCAUUGUAUGUUGUACAUAAGUGACUUCUAUUUAUAUGCUUAUCAUCUAGUGGUCAUCGCUUGACUUAAAGGCCCUGAAAAUGUAUUUUCUCAAUUAGCUUCUUGUUAUGGUUGAUAUGAUGGUUUCGAUCCAAAAUGUAUCGCAAAUUUUAAUUGAAUUUUGAGGAAAUCUGCUAAAGAAAAUGUGAAUGAAUGCUGUUUCCGUCCACUACCGUUAUAUGAUUAUUAGGGGUUGGUUCUUCGAGAUGAGCAGUAGGUGGCGCCAAUUCAGUCAGUAAAACUGUUAUACCAUUGCAGAAGAAGAGGGCGCAACAAGAUGAUGUCAUUUCAUACAAUGAAACAAAAUGUAAACAGUGGAAAUACGACAUAUCUGUUUGUUUCAUGUAUUAAUGUGAGGAUGGUUACAUCAGACCUGUGUGGAGUAAUGAGGAGAAGUUUUAUUCUGCGUGAACAGCUUCUUCUUCUUUUCUCUUUUUUCAAAAAAUCUCAAGCGAGCGUAAAAACUUUUUGCAAAUUGAGGAACUUUUUUCAAACUUUGCUGUUUGAACCUUUGCGAAUGCAAUUCUUCAACAAUAUGCUGUUUGUUUUUUUCCACUCUUCUCACUGACUUGAAGUGGGCGGGAAUCCAUUGGAAAGAGGUGAUGUCAUGUGUUUCCGUGCUCCAAUCAGGAUUUAGCCACUCCUGAGUCAGACUCUGGCGACAGUCGGUGGGUCGUUACUGUCACUGUCAAUCAGAUCUGAUCAAACCGCACCCACACAGUCCUGAUGAAUCAGAUUAGUUGUGUUUUUGGGUCGUAAAUAAUGACUAACUUAUUAGUUAUUGGUCAGCUUUGACUGUUGCUUGUUUAGAGGAAGAUUUAAGAUACAACGUUUUCAGGGGCUUUAAUGUGAAGUGAGCCUGUUUUAACCAUCUGUCAAUAUCUUUGCAAUCGUUAACGUAUUCUAUCCAUAAAUGAUGUUAACUGUCGAGUAAGAACACCCAAACACCUGUGAAUAUGGGUUUGUACAGCAAAACUGUGAACUGUGAACUAGGAUUAGAUGAAAACUUGAAAUCGUUGUUCGGUCCUCUUCAAAACGGACCCAGAGUUCUUUGUUGAUCAUCCGGUCUCUGCCUUCUGUCGUGCCACUGCUCUUUAACACUGACCACAGGGACAACAUGCAGAUAUUUUGUCGAGACACAGCGUGGUAUGAAUGCUGCUCAGGCAACACAUUGUUUGUAAAUCCUUGUACAAUAAGAGAGUUUAACAAAAGAAAAAAAAAUCAAUGGAGCAGUAUUGUCUUUUGCAUUAGCCGUAUACAAUUGAUACAUCACUACUGGUUGACUCUGGACCAAAUGUAGACUCUUAGAUUACAUGGUAGAUUUUCCGUACCAUCCUUAGUAAAAAGUGCAGCCAGUGCAAUGCCAUCAGUUCCACUUGUGCCUCAUGUUAAGUAAUGGAGCUUAAAUGUGCAGUAAUGUAAUUAGAUUUGUUCCUUAACACGUCUGGUUGUGUCAGAUCUGUUGAAACCCUGUUACAUGUUUCCACAGAUGGAGGAGGAGGAAGAGGAGUGAGGUUUCUUUCACUUGUGACUUAAAAUAUAUUCCUCAUGGUCUACCAUAGUGGCCUUAAGUUUAAAUAAACAAAGCAAAGGUUCGUGUCAUCUUCAUUAGACUCCAGUCUCCCUAUGCUGACCCAGAGGUCUGUAAUUAUAUAUAAGCACAGUUGUACAUAUGUAGCACAGUACAAUAUUCUGGAUUGUUCCUUAAACCAUUUUCUUUUCUGUAUAUGACAUGAGUAUGCAUCAUGAAAUAGCUGUUAACCAAUAAUGAAAGAUUAUUAUUUUGAUAAUUCACCUUUUUAGCCUCAUUUCCUGUUUUCCCUGUCGUGUAUAUACUCGAAUGUGACGGAGAAGCAUACAGCACAUGUUAUGGAUUAUAUAGGUGACUUUGAUGGAUUAAAACUCCAGCUGUAAGGUGUUGUGUGUGUGCGUGUGUGUGAUGUUGUUUUAUGUAGGCAUGUGUGUCUAUGCAGAAUAGAAAUAAAAUCCACACCCCCUCACCGGUGUUGAAGAUGAAAUCUUGUUGUUUAUGUAAUUGCGUUUAUUAGGAAUCUGCGUUUUUCCUAUGAACUGCACAGUUUGUGGCUGCAUAGUGCUGCUGCUGUGUCAUCUACUGUACGGCUAUUUAUAGUGGUGACACAAGUGGAGUCUGGUGGUUGAGCUUGUACUUGCUCAAAGUGGUGUAACAGCAGUCACAGCCAUGCCUCCUGCUCUCCUGUGCCUCCAUGAUUAUGUACCGAAGGUGUAGAUGGCAUACAGAAUACAUCUCCAUGGAGAUUUGGGAUGACAGGCAACACUAAUUACUGCUCGGCUGCCUCCAUCUUCCCCUGCCUGUGCCUUUCACAUGCAAAGGAACACCACUCUCUCUCUCUUUGUCCUCACACACACACACACACACUCACUUCAGCUCUGCGUGAUCAUCAUUACCGUUGUUGCCCAUGAGGAACGUUUUGAUGUUUAGAGACGUAUUGUGCAGUGCACUGUGGUAAAAAGGGGAGGGGGCUCAAGAUGUCAUGGGUGUCUAAACCAUCAAGGCUGCAUGAAUAUGAAAGCAGACGUCAUGUGUUCACACAAAAAGCAGAAACGGUCUUUUACCAAAGCAAAAUGUGGACUGAAAGACUGAUUGGUCAGGUAGAAGCAGGGCGGAGAUGUGACAAAUGGUCUUAUUCAGUCUCUCACAAUACUCGGCUGCACUGAUAGUAACUGUU